CGACGGACUCGGGCAGAUCUACCAAUUUAUACUACUAGUCCUCCUUGAGCCCACCCACUGCCAAUUGCUCCCAUUGGCGUCUAGCCUAUUCUGCUAUGGGGGACGAUACCAAACGCUUCAAGCACAAGCACAAGCACUCUCAUGAUCAUGAUACGGAGCGGCACAGCAAAAAGAGGCAUAAUCACGAUAAUGACAGAAGACACAAGAAGAAGCGGAAACAUGGUGAGGAUAAGGGAACAAAGAUUAUGGACGAAAGUCUAGGAGAUGAGGACAUGUGGGUAGAGAAGAAUAUCGACAUGGAAGGAGAACGGCCUCUGGCGACGGACAUUCCGACUGCAGAAAGCUUGAAGUUGGCUUCAUCCGCGACAUCUGGGUCGUCUAUCUCUGCUUUCCAGCCCUUGAUACCUACAGAAACUAAACCCAAACGAGAUGACUGGAUGUUGGAAGAACCAGCCGCUCAGGUUUCUCGGCCUUCAUCGUCUCGCAUUCAACUUCAGGACGACGAGUCCUUCACGGAGGAUUACGGGGAGGCGUCUGGAGGCCGAAGAACGAUUGGUGGAGGAGUAGAUUUUUUCUCUAACCUUGGUACAGAAGUUCACAAAAAGAAUUCGCAUCCUAACAGACCCGAUCCAGACAAGCCGGUCAUCAGCUCAAGGGAGCUUAAUACAAGUCUCAGAGAUAACAAAUCUAUCGACGAAUCCGCGGCUCCUGCUCCCAAACCAAAUGUUCCAGGAGGUCCUGGAUCACAAUGGAGGAUGAUCCGGCUUCGACGCGUCUUCGAAACCGCAGAAGAAGAAGGACUACCUAUUGAACAACUGGCAGUUGAUCGCUUUGGCUCAUUGGAGGCAUUUGAGGAAGCCAAGGAGGAGCGGCGAAUAUUGGAUGAACGAGAGGGUAAGCGGCCAGAUCGGGCUGUUGGCUCUGAACGGCGUGGUAGGUCUGAGGGGGAGAAAAAGAUAAUGUUCAACGACAUUGGUGGAAGUGGAGCAUCUAGUCGCAGCUCUUCAUUCCGUCGGCCAGGUGGUCAUGCCGAUAGCGCACCAUCUACACCAACCCCAGGUGGUCGUCCUCCAGUGAAUCGGCGAUUGGACAGCCUACGUUUGCCUUCACAGGCUGCAUCCCCUUUGCAACAAUCUCGGACACCUAUACCUUCGGUGUUGACUCCACCCACAGGAGUUCGCGGUUCCACGUCACGAGGGCUGUCGCCCUCGUCUUUGAAUAAAUUGCAGGCGAAAGUCCUUCGUGCAAAAUUGAUGGGUGCACCUGAUGCUGAAGAGCUAGAGAGCGAGUAUGAGGCUGCUUCUAAGGCGACGUACCGCAGCGACGAGGGAGGAAACGUACGGACGAAGGUUGAAGUUUUGCCCACUCUGGAUGGGCAGGGUCGGCUGUAUGAUAUUGGGCAUGGCAAAAAUGACGAAGCAGCCCUUUUUCCUGGGAAUCGUAAAAAGAAAGAAAAGGUUGAAACAAGAGAUCCAAAGACGGGCGACUUGGUCAGGAUCAAUGCAGAUGAUGAUUCGACCACUUUGGGUGAGAUGCUGCGGCAAGAGAAGUUUGGCGGUGGAAUGUCGGACCAAAAGAACUUGGACGCUCAGUUUGCCCGUGCCAUCAUGGGAGACGGCAAAUUUCAGAACGACCUUGACUACAUGGAUGAAAACGUGGAAAAGCUCAGUCGACAAAAGAUGCGUUCAGAUGCUAUGAAGCGCCAGUUCGCUAUCCAGGACUACAAGCGUACCCAGCAAGUCCUCGCUACGUGCCAUUUUUGCUUUGGAGAGGAUGAUUCACCUCCAAAAGCGCCAGUUAUUGCAAUGGGGACCCGGGCGUAUCUUUCUUGCACCACAAAUGAGGAGCUGGUCAAAGGACAUUGUCUGAUAGUGCCGAUACAGCAUCAUUUGACAAUGCUAGAUGGAGAUGACGAUGUGUGGGACGAAGUUAGGAACUUCAUGAAAUGUCUGAUGCGUAUGUUUGCCGAGGAAGAUCAAGGUGUCCUAUUCUAUGAAACGGUCAUCUCAUUGAAGAAACAAAAACACACCUGCAUUGAAUGCAUCCCUUUGCCUUGGAACCAAUAUGACCUAAUCCCAGGCUACUUCAAGGAAUCAAUACUGACGUCGGAGGCUGAAUGGUCACAGCAUAAGAAGUUAAUUGACUUUUCCAAGCGUCCAGGUGGUUUUCGGCGUGCGAUGGUCCCCAAUUUGCCCUAUUUCAUGGUUCAGUUUGACCACAAAGGGGACAAGGGAUACGGACACGUCAUCGAAGGUGUCAAUGAUGGCGCUGAUGGAGAAGAAGGUAUAGAUGAAGGGGAGAAAGGUUCUGGGGAAUUUCCAUGGUACUUUGCUGGGGAGAUCAUUGGAAAUAUUUUGGAACUGGAACCCCGUCAGUGGAGGAGACCGAGACGGAUAGAUUUCCGAAUGAAUUCAGAGCGCGUGACUGAGUUCAGGAAGAAGUAUGCCAAGUUCGACUGGACGGGGAUGAUUGGAAGAUAAUGUAUCAUGUAUUUUUGGACCGAAGGCUCUAUACGCGACGUUUAGCGAUGCAUUCCACUCUGGCGGGGCCAAUCUGCUCACAAAAUCUAGAUGCAUCAAGCUAGGAAGUUUGGAACUGCCUACAGCCGCACUUAAUCUCAAACACUG